UCGUGCGAGAGAACGGGAGAGAGGGAGGCUAUCCAGCAGCAGCAGCAGCAGCACCAGCACCAGCGACGACGAUGCAAUAGGAACGAGCGUUGAAGAAAGAAACUCCGAGCUCGAGUUCGUAGUGCGCGCUCUCCUCCAACUCAUCGGACAGCAGGCCAGGCCUGAGCAACUGAGCACUCUGAGCAGGCGACAGUCUCCAGCCGGACGUUGGUCAAGAGAGUCACGAGGGAGCGAUCAACGCCGGAAGAUGUGCGACGUCAUGCGUGACGGAGCAGUCAACAACCGAGACUAAACAAGUACAGCUUUUGCGUCGGUGUUGCGUGUAUAUGUGCGUGAAAUUGUCGUGAUUCGAGAGGAGAAAAGAAAUAAAUAAAUACAUAAUACGAGGUCGAGGCGCGCGGUGGAGGAUACCCUCGCGUUGGUUAGCCGAUAAAUAAGUCAGGAGAUAGGUGAGUCUCGGUCAAUCGGUCGAAUCCGUAAGCGCGCGCGGUGCUCCAACGGAGAGGUUUCUCGUACACGUACGCGAAUCAUUUAGUUUCUACGCGACAUUAAUCUGCUGGAUAUGAGCGGUGAACGAAUAACUCGAUCCCAAUUUAAAAUAAAAAGACAAUUGUUACGACGUAUGGGCGGUACGGUAGAAUAAUAUUUUGGAUAGUGGUGUAGGGGCUCGGUGGAUCCGAGUCGCACCUGUAUUCUCGAUGCGCGAGUCAUUCUCGUGGAGCAGAGCACUCGUCUUGAUUUCCUUUUUUUUCGUAUUAACCGCCGAGUGCUCAUUGUUCGAAAGCUGUGGGUGAAAACGGUCCACGCGAGCCGCAGAAUGCCACUCUGUGGCCAACGGUAAACUCGUGUGUUGAAAGCGCAUUGGAUAUAUCUGUCCGUGUAUACCUACAUUUAGGUACGAGGAGAAUUGUGAAGAAAGAAAGGAGUCGCGAGAAAGGGUCAAAGCGGCUGUGGCGGCGACACCAACGGUAUACUACUGCGCGUUCGUUGCUAUGGGUUACCGGUGUUGUGUCCCUCGUUUCUCGCGCUAAAACCAACCCAAACACGCUCUUUUUCUUCGUUUUAUGGAUUUAAAAAAAAAAAAAAAAAAAAAAAAAAUAACAACAACGCGAAAAGUGAUUGAAAAAAGAAAAACAAUAAUAGCGAGUACAGUGUUGAGGGUUCGUCAAAUUAAGUUGGGGCGAUGUGAUCGAGACACACGAGGCGAAAAGCUCGGGAUUACGUCGUUGCUGAAUAUCCUCGUGCGAUUGGAUCGAGGAAUCCCACGGAUCGACGAAUAAUGACGGACGGCUCGAGAACGAGUCAGCAUCCGAUGACAGCCAAUGGGCAUGGCGCGAUAAGGCGACGGCGACGCCGAGUUUCGGCGCGGUCAACGCUUCUGCUUUUAUUUUUAUUGAGUGGAUCUGUCAGCUCGGAAAUUGAAAAAAUAGAGGAUGCAGAAAGUUCAAGCUCUCACCGUCCAACAGUGGCAACGACGACUACGUCGGCUACGGCAACGGAAAUCAGAGCAGAAACGACCUCGAAAGCUCCGUCAACGAGGACUCUGAACGAUGACCUCGUCAGAAUCACAGGAGUUACAGAAAGAACGUUCGAAGAAGCGACGGCCCAUGAUUUCUCGACAAGUUUAACGUCACCGCAGCCCAUUGUUGAAGGCUCGACCGAAGAAACGUCGGCUCUCGAAAACACGAUAGGACCCAAAGAAAAGGAGCCUCGAGUAUCCGUCACGCAAUCGACUUUUCGAAUUGUAGACAAUACUCCGACUCCGGACAAGUUCGAAGACUCGACGCUUAGUUUGACCGUUCUUUCCACCGAGAACAAAGCAACUUCCGCCGAUGAAUACGAUCUCAACGGGUACCUUACUACGACCGAAGCCUUUUCCAAGAAUGAAGUUUCUUCCACGAGCUUUGUCGAAACGGAGCCGAGAACUGAAAUCAACGGUGACGAAACGAGACCGAGUAGUCGGCAACCGCCGACGACACCGAUGACACUCAUCCAAUCAAAUCGAUCGGUCCCAACUACUAGUUCACCGAACUUAACAGUUGCGUCUGUAUCGACGACACCGUCAACCACUUCUCAGUUGCCCUCCUCGUUAUCGUCAUCUCCGGUGACUACUUCGACGUACGUAGCUCCAUUGAGUUCCACGAUCGAGUACGAAUUUAUCGGUUUGAAGGAAAACACCAUCCCACCGGAAUAUUCGGCGAGGAGCGAGGGAGAGAACGCUACGAGUUCGACGAAUUCGCAAUCGUCCUUUGCACAGAGUACAACGGAAAAAGAAAUCUCGGCCUCAACAACGAUGAUGGUACAGCCGAGCGCGGGUCAAACGACCACGGCACAGCCGUUCGUCGAUCCAACGGCGACGGAGCAACCAACCGUCGGUCCAACGACGAUAGAGGUGGAAGAAGCAUCCGGUGUGACGACGAUGGGAGAAACAACUGGAGUAACGACAACUGAGGGAACCACCGAAUACACGAAAUUCGUGGAAACGAGUGAGAAAAUAAUGGACGAAAAUACGGAAAGCAUGAUGGUAGGAACGAUGACGGAGGAGACGACGAUCAACGGAGAGUCUGCGACUGAAGUACCAACGGAAAUAAUGCAAAAUGGAACAACAGACGAAACGGAAAUGACGAUGACAGUAACGAGCGAGGAAAUGAGCAACGAAACAACGGGAGGAACGACCUAUUGGACGAUGGAGAACGCAACGACGGAAGGAAAUACCGAAGAAAGUGUAAAACAGGAAGAAGCAUCGACGGAGAAAACAACGGAGCCGAUUACUCAUGAAAUCACGACAGAGUCGGAAAAAAUUGACUAUACUCCGGAAGACACAACUGCGAGGAUCAUCAACACGACUGAUCGUAACGUUUAUAUCAACAUUCCGAUAUCGCGAGGAACCGUAAACCCUGGAGAAUUGACGCCUUUGGUGAAAAUUAUUUUUGAAGGCACUUGGAUGGAGGUUUGUCCACAUUUGCCAGGAUUGCGACAAUCGCUCGCUGAUCUCCUGGCUCUGGCUGUUAAAAGAAACGUUCACGUCGGUCAAAUAGUUUAUCAGAAUAACCCGUGUGGUAAUGGAACGGACGCACCGGUACCAUCGUCAUCCACGGCGCAGCAAUUGAUAACGACGGAAUCUUCCGUGACGAGCUUAUUUUUGUACGUUGUUGAUAAGGACGGCAAUUUGGAUGUGGAAAUGACCAAAAUGUUGCCACGAGUGUUUCGCGAGUCUUCGGCGAAACUGCGAGUUACCAUUCACAGUUUUCAGUUGGUGCAAGAGGCAGAUUCGGGCAACGCGAUCGCUGUGAUAAUCGUUUCGUGCGUUGCUCUUCUGUGCCUCGUACUUUUGACCGGAUUGCUUCUGGUUGUGACGAGCAGACGAACGAGAUUCAAUUACGGGGAACGUUGUCGUCCAGUUUCCCUGGACGCCUACAGUCUUGACAGCGUUUCGGCGUACAACAGCGUUCGCGGGCGGAAGGCGGUUGGUUCCAGCAGCGGUGGCGUCGCCGCUACCACCGUCAGUACCGCUGCGACCCUGAGAGCCUCCAAGAGGAGUUACGGCAAUCCGAGUUUCGAUGAUUCGAUGACGACACCGUCGCAUCCUCUGAGUUUCGCGGGUCUUUCAAGUUUUGCCAACGAUCGUGAUAAAAUAGCUGAGGAAUUUGCGGCGAUACCCCGAGUAACCGCCUCGAUCGACGAAUUACCCCAAGGCGCCGAGGUGAAAAACAGAUACGCGAACGUCGUACCACUUCCGGAAACGCGCGUCCCUCUCACGAGAAUUGAGAACGAUCCUCUCACCGAGUAUAUUAACGCGAGUUACGUACGAGGCCCGAAGAAUGCGACGAAAUAUUACAUAGCGUGUCAGGCGCCCCUCGAAUCGACCGUUGCCGAUUUUUGGCGCAUGAUCUGGGAACAGCGCUGCAAAGUCGUUAUCAUGCUGACUGACCUGGUCGAGAACGGGGUGGAAAAGUGUGCCGAGUACAUACCGCCCUCCGAAGUCACCGACUGCCAUAGGAUCUUCGGCGAUUUCCGGGUUACUCUGAAAAAGCGUGAGACCAAAGAGAAAUAUGCCAUUUCCACUAUUCUUCUCAAGAACCUCGAGAACGAUACUUUCCGAGAGCUUUGGCACAUUUGGUAUAUGUGGCCGGCCAACGGGGUACAAUCGAGCGAUGCAGCCGGACUGAUAGCCGUUCUUCUCGAGGCGAGGGCCUUCCAACGCGGAGGUCCCGCUCCCGUCCUCGUUCACUGCAGCCCUGGUACUGGAAGAACAGGGACAUUGAUCGCUCUCGACCUUGCGAUAAGACAGUACGAGAUAACAAGGACAGUCGAUGUUCCCAGAGUCGUUUACACGAUCAGAAGAGACCGCGCGGGAGCGGUGCGGACCAACGAGCAGUACGCCUUCAUAUAUAAGGCUCUGAAUCUGUACGCGACCAGACUCGCCGGAGGAGCUUUCGACUCGUAGCCAGAGGAGAUCGUCGAGACUCAUCGUUUAUAUGUUAUUUACCCGAUAUAUGGGAACGCGAUUCUAAGUCAAUACCGAAUAGACUAUUUGAGAUUAGAUAACCUUGAAGGAAGAGAAUCGUUGCGAGUGGCGAGAGCCUGUCAACAGCCAAAUUUUUGUAGCACCAUUUCUCCUCUCCCCGAGCUCUAAUAUAUUCUCGAUAUCGAUAGUAUAUAGUAUAAAGAGGGAGAGAGAGAGAGAGAGAGAGCGCGAGAGACCCCGUGACAUACGUGUUUACCGAAUUUCAGUUUUGGUUAGUUUUUUUCACCUCUAGUCGAACGCGAGAGGAGGUGAUUAUAUUAGUUUAUGGGAAAAGCGAAUGCGUGGGAUAAUCUAUAUUUCGUCGUUCCGAGAAUGGCGUUGCCAUCGCGUGGUCAUCGAUCAUUGAAAAUUACGGUUGCAGCGAGUAAAGCAGAAUUCGAGUGAAAGAAAUGCUAAUACUUGUGUGAUAGGAAACGAGGAUGAAUCGUCUUUACAUGUGUACAUAUAGACGCGCGUACGGUCCCGUACGGGUGUUUACGACCAACGGCGGAGACCGUUUUAAUUUCCGACAAAUCGUUGAAUCAAUUACGAUCGGGCAUUAUUUAGACGAUCGUAACGAGAAACAACUGGCGAAGCGAUGCGCGACGCGCAGCAGCGAUGACAACAACGAAUGUCGUCUCCGCCGUAUCAUUUUCGUUGUUAUUCAUAUUUUUUGUUUGUUUUUGUCUCGUGUCCAAAUCGACACCACGUGAUACCAAUAAAUUAUACACGUUAAAAUGUGA